ACCUAUACAAUUGGUAUUUUAUUACUGGAAUGCGAAACAGGCGUAAAUACAGGAAGUAGGGGGCCAUGCCACACCAAUGGACCACAGGAAAAACUCAAUCCAAGUUGCAUGAUUGGAGCCAGGACUGGUCCUCCUAUGCUUUUAUGUGUGUGGGCCAGUGCCACAAUAUCAUUACUCACUUCUUUUGUCAUAUUUUUUUCUUGACUGUAUCAUUUGUGUUAAAGGUACUGAAGUGACCAGUCAUGGCUCCAUGUGGAGCCGGCAGUGAUUGAGUUUGUGUGGUCAAUACAUGCAGCUGCAGUCUCUAUCUAUUGCGGACCCCCCUUCAUUUUGUUUUUCUCUCUUCCUAGUGCAUUAAAGUUCUGUCAAGUAAUGUGAUGCACAUGGAUAGUACAAUUGUUGGUCUGGCCAAACAGCUGGGUCUGCAUGUAUAGUAUCCGGUGAAUCAAUUGCUGUUGCAUAUGGAAUCCAAUGCUUCCCCUAUAUGAGCUUCUUCGUUAACAUGCUGGACAACUACUAUAUUUUCCUCGCCAAAAUUAUAUUCCAUUAUCAUGUACAAAAAGGUUAUGAAGAAUCACCUAUUGAGGAGUAAGGUUUGAAGAUCCAUUGUGUGUUGCAUUCAGCUCAUAUUUGCACCUUUUAGGGAGAUAUGGAUCCGUCAAGAGGAAGCUACUUCGGUAACAACGAAAAUAUUGGAGCCAACAAUUUCUGUGGAAUUUUUGGUGACGUCAGAAACUAUGACUAUGGAGAUUUGUACAACAAUGUAAACCAUGUUAACGCCACAAACUCGUCGAACGCGAACCCGGAGAUUUGGUCAGGAUUUGGUAGUGGAGCACCAUUGUGGAGUACGUCGAACGCAGGUCUCUUUUGUAAUGAAGAGACCGAAUAUGGGAGUCGUAACGGUGGGACAGGCCACGGUUAUUCGUCCAACCAGUGCGGUGGGUUUUGUAAUGAAGGUACUGAAGAUGGGGGUGAAUAUGGUGAAAGUGAAACGGAAGAGGAGGAUCCCAUGGAAACAGAUGAAAGUUUGUUGCUUGAAGAUGAAGAUGAUGUUCCUGAACAUGUUGCACACGCUGUAUACCAGAAAGAUGUGCAAUAUCUUGAUAUGCUUAAGAAUCACGCACUUCAAUACGUCCCAGUUGAGAUUGUGAGGAUACCGUACCAUACGUCUACGCACAACGGUUUUGAUUGGGUGAUGUCCGUCUUAACUUGCCCAAAUCCUAGAAGGUGUCCUGAGAACUUCUCCAUGACAAGCGACAUUUUCGUGAAGCUAUGCGAGGAAUUGGUUUACAAAUACGGCUUCCACACAAUACGAAGAGAUGCAAUCGGAAUUUUUGAGAGCCUGGCAAUGUUUUUAUGCAUAUUGCGUGGAUGCUCCUUAAAACUCGUGGGGGAGUUAUUAAACCGUGGGCAGUCUAGUUGUUCGAGACAAAUUAAUAAAGUCUUGCUUUGUGUGACGCGUAUGGCGAAACAAGAAAUUCAACCACACAACAAUCACCCACAUUCUUACUUGUCACGUAGACCUCAGUAUAGACAUUUCAUGGAUUGCAUCGGGGCGAUGGAUGGUACGCAUGUACUUUGCAACCCUCCGCCGAAAGAUGCCAAAAAGUAUUUUGGACGCAAGGGUGGCCACACGAUGAACAUCAUAGCCAUUUGCGAUUUUGAUCUCUGCUUCACAUUUGUCUCAGCGGGAUGGGAGGGAUCAAUGCACGAUUACCAAGUUUUCAGGGAAUGUGUUUACGGUAGGGGCAGACAUAUGUUUCCCCAUCCGCCAGACGGUAAAUAUUACUUGGUGGACGGUGGCUAUCCCAAUGAUAACGGAUAUCUCUCACCAUACAAAGGGUACACGUACCACUUAGAAGACUUUAGGCGUGGAAGAAAACGGCAAAUGGAUCCGUACGAAUACUUUAAUAGGUGGCACUCAUCACUUCGUUCUGCAAUUGAGCGGGCAUUUGGGGUGUGGAAAAGUAGGUGGAGAAUGAUGAAGGAGACCUCAACCUAUCCACUUCGCAUUCAUAAGCUGUUUGUUAUUGCUUCCAUGGCAAUACACAACUUUAUUGGACGAAAUUCUCUCCACGAUGACGAAUUUGCAGAAGCGAUCGCGAAGGACGAGAGGUACGAGUACCAGGAUCUGGAAGACAUUGAUCCCGAUUUUGCUGCGCAGGAGGACAUUGAAGGUUUCAUAUAUCCACGAACGGCAAAUAGUUGCGACAUGGAAAGAGUGCGGCAUGGCAUAAUGACAGCCUUGCAACACGAUCGGGAAAGUUCUGAACAACCACAACGUCGACGAAGAAAUUAGACCCGAUCUAUUCGAAUUACCUAAUGUAUAAUGAACACUCCUGUACUUGGGGUUCUACUAUCAUUUCUACCAUUGCCUAGGAAAUGCUAUGGUCACGCAAUUUUUUUCUGCUUGAUACUCA